CAACUGGAUAUUUUCUCUUCAUUGCCUGUAAAAUGAAGUGGAUUUAUUUGGUUCCUCUUGCCCUGACUGUCUUCUCAGGGUUGGUGUGUUGUUCAGAGGAUGAGACUCUACUAGUGAAAACUCUCUUCACUGGAUAUAAUAAAGUGGUCAGACCUGUCAAUCACUACAAGGAUGCAGUGGUGGUCACUUUAGGACUGCAGCUAAUCCAGCUCAUCAGUGUGGAUGAAGUAAACCAGAUUGUCACAACAAAUGUGCGCCUGAAACAGCAAUGGAAAGAUGUGAACCUGCAGUGGAAACCAGAGGAUUAUGGAGGGAUAAAAAAGAUCCGCGUUCCUUCCACUGACAUCUGGAGACCUGACCUCGUUCUCUAUAACAAUGCAGACGGGGACUUUGCCAUUGUACAUGAGACCAAGGUUCUGCUCGAAUAUACAGGAAUGAUCACCUGGAACCCACCCGCCAUCUUUAAGAGCUACUGUGAGAUCAUUGUACUACACUUCCCCUUUGACCUCCAGAACUGCAGCAUGAAACUCGGAACAUGGACUUUUGAUGGAAACCUUGUUGUUAUUAACCCUGACAGCGAUCGACCUGACCUGAGUAACUUUAUGGAGAGUGGUGAGUGGGUGAUGAAGGACUACAGAAGCUGGAAGCACUGGGUGUAUUACGCCUGUUGUCAAGACACUCCAUAUUUGGAUAUCACCUACCACUUCCUAAUGCUGAGACUGCCACUUUACUUUAUCGUCAAUGUGAUCAUCCCCUGUAUCCUCUUCUCUUUUCUGACUGGCCUGGUAUUCUACCUGCCCACAGACUCAGGUGAAAAGAUGACCCUUUGUAUCUCUGUCCUGUUGUCUCUGACUGUGUUCUUGCUGGUGAUCGUUGAGCUAAUUCCAUCUACCUCAAGUGCUGUUCCACUUAUUGGCAAAUACAUGCUCUUCACGAUGGUCUUCGUCAUUGCCUCCAUCAUCAUUACCGUCGUUGUUAUCAACACACACCACCGUUCCCCGAGCACACACACCAUGCCUGCUUGGGUGCGCAAGAUUUUCAUUGAAACCAUCCCCAAGUGGAUGUUCUUCUCCUCUAUGAAGAGGCCUACUGGGAGAAAAGAGAAUAAAAACAUUUUCAGUCCUGAUCUUGACAUCUCUGAUAUUUCUGGAAAGCCGAUGCCUACGUCUGUGCCCUACCAGUCACCCAUCACCAAGAACCCAGAUGUGCGCAGUGCUAUAGAGGGAGUCAAAUACAUUGCAGAGACCAUGAAAUCAGAUGAAGAGUCCAACAAUGCCUGUGAAGAGUGGAAAUUUGUUGCGAUGGUCAUGGACCACAUUCUUCUCUGUGUGUUCAUGUCUGUGUGUAUCCUUGGAACAACUGCUGUCUUUGCUGGACGUCUCAUUGAGCUCAGUCUAUUAUAAGUCAGUUAUCUAAGUAAUAUCAUUUACCAAAUAAGGGGAUCCAAUGUUUUUCUUUUAAUAAGCAGACACAGUUUUAAAUUGUGCUCAACAGGCCUUACAUACUUCUUGAAUAUAUUUUCAUGUAAUUAAUUAAUUAGUACUUAAGUAAUGUAAUAUUUGUUUUUGGCCCACCCCUUGUUCGUCAGACCUGUGCCAAUAAAGCCCACUGAGAGCUCAAACAUAAAACAUGAUAACAGAGACUAUUGCUGUGGUCUAUUUUACUGUGUUUAACCCUACGGAGCAGAAUCAAUUACAGCAGCCAGUGUGGGUGUACCAAUCUAAAGUGAGAAAAAGUAGUUCAAAAGAGCAUUUUAACUGGAUUUAUUUUUAAAGAAAAACACUAUUAAUUUACGCUCACAUGCCUUUUUGCUGUAUUUUUUCUUUGAAUAAAAAUUACCAGCAGCAAACAGUGGGUUUGACAAUAAAUGCAGUUCAGUUACUAAACAUGUAGUAAUGUUAAAAAAGUAAAUUUCAAAAGUGUGUUCAAAAUGCUGUUCUAAUGCUUUUUUUAAUCAAAGUUUGAAACACGUAGUACAACCGCAUGCAAUAAGCAAUUAGUUUUUAGUGCUAAAUGCAGAAAGGGUAGCUUUAUAUGAUUGUUGCUAUAUAAAAUAUUCAUAUAUAAUAUUGUUGGUCAUAUGAUGUAUAUCCAAGUCAACAUAGGUUAACUGGUCGCUGUAAGUAUGCUAAUAUAUUGUUACUGAUGGUAUGUUCUUUCAAAAUAUAUACUGUUAUAUACUAUACUAUGUGUUAC